CCCUCUGUUGGCGCGGGUUGGUCCUUGUUCGUUGCCGGUUGCACGCGGCUCGCGUGUCGUAGAUUUUCUUCCCGUCGUUUUUUUAAAAAAGAGAAAAGAGGAGAAUCAACAGCGAUGAAACCAAUCCUGUUACAGGGCCAUGAGAGGUCCAUCACUCAAAUUAAAUACAACAGAGAGGGGGACUUGCUGUUCUCUGUAGCCAAAGACCAGUUUGUCAACGUCUGGUACUCUGUGAAUGGGGAGAGGCUGGGCACUUACAAUGGCCACUCCGGAGCAGUUUGGUGUGUGGAUGUUGAUUGGGAUACAAAGAACGUGUUGACUGGGUCGGCUGAUAACAGCUGCAGGCUCUGGGACUGUGAGACAGGUAAACAACUAAUCAUGCUUGAGACCAACUCAGCAGUGAGGACGUGUGGCUUUGACUUCAGCGGAAACAUCAUCAUGUUCUCCACCGACAAACAGAUGGGCUACCAGUGCUAUCUAAACUUUUUUGAUCUGCGAGACCCCCAACAGAUUGAGGACAACCAGCCAUAUCUGUCAGUGCCAUGCAGCGAAUCAAAGAUCACGAGUGCGGUGUGGGGGCCUCUGGGAGAGUUUGUCAUUGCUGGACACGAAAAUGGAGAAAUCAACCAGUUCAGUGCUAAGUCUGGGGAGAUUCUGAAGAAGGUGAGGGAGCACACUAAGCAGAUCAACGACAUCCAGACGUCUAUAGAUCUAACAAUGUUCAUCACAGCCUCCAAAGACAGCUCUGCUAAGCUGUUUGAUACAACAUCACUAGACCACAUUAAAACCUUCAAGACUGAACGACCUGUGAACUCUGCCGCCAUCUCGCCCAUCAUGGAUCAUGUGGUCAUGGGAGGAGGUCAGGAGGCCAUGGAAGUCACAACCACUUCUACUAGGAUUGGAAAAUUUGAGGCUAGGUUUUUCCAUGCAGCCUAUGAAGAGGAGUUUGGAAGAGUGAAGGGCCAUUUCGGACCCAUCAACUGUGUGGCAUUCCACCCAGAUGGGAAAAGUUACAGCAGCGGAGGAGAGGACGGCUACGUCAGAAUUCAUUAUUUCGAUCCUCAAUACUUUGACUUCGAGCUUGAGGCCUAAAUUCUAUCACCAGUAGCAUUCCUGACUCCUUGGUCACAUCGCCAGCUGUCCACCUGAGUAACAUCCGAACAUCAGUCAAAUCCCAUCAUGGGCUUCAUCUGUCACAGAUGCAGCCUGUUUUUUAAGCUCAGUUUAA